UGUCAAUAAUUGAACUGAGAUUUCUUCACUUUUGCUCUAACUCGCAAGUCGCAAGUCGGAUACCCGAUUCCCGUGGGCUCGCUCCGUUCCGCUCGCCGAAAAACCCGUCACACAACCACCUCCAACCAACGUACAUCAGGAAAGUAGAGUGCUACUUUUUUUUUUAAAUUUGAAAACGGGGCCCUUUUUCCUUCUCGGUUUCGACUCUCGACCAGACAGUGGACCCGAGGACGGCGCGGUGCGGCUCCAUCCCCUCUCUUAUAAAUAAAACGGCGGAUUCAAUUUUCGUCCAAUUCGAGUAAUGGCGUUUUUGAGAUCAAUCUCCAAAUGUAACGAAACGAGAAAACUUUGCCUCAACGGUCAGCCUACUGCGUGGAAUCGCGGCCCGGCACUUUUGUCGUCGUCCUUCUUCAAUGCGACGAGGCACAGCUCGACGAAGGCUGUCGACACGGAGAAGCCGAAGAAACCGCUGAGGGACCCGCUCGACACCUCGUUCGACAACCCGGAGGCGGCUUUCAAGAGCAAAACGACAUGGGAAGUCCUGAGGGCCUACCUCGUCUACACGAUGUGCUCGUCAGCCUACUUAGUCGAAAAUAACAUGAAGUUAAUGAAGUUGACGAAAUCUAUAUUUGGCGAGAAACUUUUUACUCUAAUAAUGAAGUCUACGUUUUAUGGCCAUUUCGUUGCUGGUGAAGAUAGAUACAAAAUUAUUCCUACCCUGAUGCGUCUACGUUCUUUCGGUGUUAAACCAAUUCUUGAUUACUCGGUAGAAGAAGAUUUGAGCCAAGAGGAAGCGGAAAAGAGAGAAGUCGAGUCAAGUGUUUCGGAGGUACAGAGUACUGAUGCUUCUACAGAAGCUCGGCCUCAAGAAGCUGCCUCCGUUGGAGGGGCCAUGCCUCAGUAUAAUGUAGCCAAAACUUUUGCGGACAGGCGUUAUAAAGUGCAAAGUGCUAGGACUUAUUUUUAUUUGAAUGAGGCAACAUGUGAGAAAAACGUUGAAAUUUUUCAGGAUUGUCUUCAUGCUGUAGCAGGAGCUACUUAUGGUACAGGAAUCACUGCUAUCAAACUUACUGCUCUUGGACGUCCACAACUAUUGCUGCAGCUUUCUGAAGUAAUUAUGAGGGCGAGGAAGUUUGUCACUGAAGUAAUUGGAGGUCAAGGUAAUGUUAUCGGUCAAAAACUUUCUGCUGAAGAUUUAGCAAAGAGAUUAGAGCAGGCAGGAGUUACUGAUACCAAGAAAUUUUUGGAAAAAGUAGUAAAAGAUAGUGAAGGUGUAAUUCACUUGUUCCCGUGGAGUGGAAUUAUUGACGAAAGUUUUCAACUAAAUGAUGCUUUUCGAGUUCCUAGUCUUAAAGAAGGUCGCAUGGUUAGACUUAUUUCCCAGUUGUCAAAUAGAGAAGAAGAGAUGUUUCGAAAUAUGAUACGCCGUGUCAAUACAUUAAUCAAGACAGCUAAAGAGUUGGAUGUCCGUAUUAUGAUAGACGCUGAACAAACAUAUUUCCAACCAGCAAUUUCAAGAAUUACAUUGGAAAUGAUGAGGAAAUACAAUACUGAAAAGGCAAUUGUAUUCAACACAUAUCAAUGUUACCUGAAAGAAGCAUUCAAUGAAGUUAGGACAGAUUUAGAACAAGCUAAAAGACAAAAUUUCUACUUCGGCUGCAAACUUGUUAGAGGUGCUUACAUGGAACAGGAAAGAGCGAGAGCAGCUGCUUUGGGUUACACUGAUCCAAUUAAUCCAACAUAUGAAGCCACGUCUGAAAUGUAUCACAAAACGUUAACUGAAUGUCUUCAAAGAAUUAAGGAUUUAAAAGUUAAAGGAAAGCCAAAUAGCAUAGGAAUUAUGGUCGCGUCACACAAUGAAGACACCGUUCGUUUUGCCAUUCAAAAAAUGAAAGAAAUUGGUGUUGAGCCAGAAGACAAAGUAAUCUGUUUUGGACAGCUCCUUGGAAUGUGUGAUUACAUCACUUUUCCACUUGGCCAAGCAGGCUAUUCGGCAUACAAAUACAUCCCAUACGGCCCUGUGAAUGAGGUAUUACCUUAUUUAUCGAGAAGAGCUCAAGAAAACAAAGGUAUACUACAAAAGAUCAAGAAAGAAAGACGUUUGCUUAUUAGCGAACUUGGCCGGCGUUUGGCAAAAGGGCAGAUUUUCUACAAACCCAACGGACAGUACACACCUGUCUAAUAGAUUUACCAUGCAAGUAACAAGCACACAUCGCCACAAUGACAACAAAUCUGUCUCUAAAUAAAACAAAAACUAAGAAUAUGAUAAUAAACCUUAAAUAGCUGAGAUAGAAUAGUGGUUAAAUGAAUCUCAUUAAAUAUUUCGUGAUAAAGGUUGUUCCAACCAAACUACCUUCUAUGUAAGUGUGUGGCUUCAAAAAGUAUCACUAUAAUAAUAAUAAUAACCAUAAGCUGAUUACAAAACAUUAAGAUGUCCUAAAUGUGUAAUUUCUUUUUGUUGCUUGUAAAUGUGAUAUUCUUGAGUAUUCAUCUUUUAUUUAUUGAAAAAAUCGUAAAUCUUAAUAAUUUAUAAGUUAAUUUCUCGGUUUUGAAUGAUUUAGUUCAAUACUUAAAAGUAUAGCUAAAAAUUUUUUUAGAAAAAUUGGGAAAUGAUCAUUUUCCUACCUGUGUAAAUAAUUUCUGUUAAUUAAACGGGUAAUCACUUACUCCAUUGCGAAAUAAAUUAUUCAUUUAUUUAUUUGUACUGUAUUAUAGUCAUGAAAUAAUUUUGGAACAUUUAUUUCAUCUAUGCUGCAGCAACGCCAUUUUAUUUUAUUUGUUAAUAUUUCUGAUUUUAUUUCAAUAUAUAAACUAAUCAAAAAUGUAUAAGAUUUUUUGAUAAAUCAAGCUGUUGGCAGAUAUUUUUGUAGUGACAAAUUGGCCCAAUUUAUAAUUAAAUAAUUAUUAAUUUAUCUCUCUAGUUUUCCUUUAUUUCCACAACUGUUUUAUUAUUGAUUAUCAUCGAUCACUCAAUUCUGUUCAGUCGAACGCAUCAAAUUUGUAUUUAAAUGUAAGUAAUAUAUUUAUUUGUUUUUGCAACAUAAAAUCAUUUAUACAAAUUGGAUUUCUUGUCAGAUGUUAAGACAUCAAAAGCAAUUUUCAGUAUUAAGUGUUAUCUCAAUAAGAAAUAAAUCCAUUAUUUGGAGCUUGUACUUUUUAGUAUUAAAAUGUAGCCUAAUUGUCCGUAGAAAAAAAAAAUCUUUUUUGUGCUUAUAAUAUUGUUCCUGUUUAAGGCCAGUGACUUAAUAAGUAAAUCAAAAAAUUAUGUUAGUUUUAUUCAGGGUCACAGAAAUAAAAGUUAAUUGAAAUAUGGUAGCAUUUUUUCUUGAAUCAUCGUAUUGCAUAAUCACUUUACAAUCUAUGAAUCUGAUAUUGUCAUUGUAUUAUUAUUUUAUUAUUAUUAUUAUUAUUAUUAUUAUUAUUAUUAUUAUUAAGAUUUCUCUGUUUGUACUUUUGAAGAACCAUCUUACACAGAAGUUGUAAAAAAACAAACAAAAAACUGAGCUUGACAAUACUCUUUUGUGUUCAUUUUUAAAUCAUAGAGCAAGUACUUGAUUUCUAUUGAGUUGAAAAAUAUAAAAUAAAUAUUUAAAGUUUUUAAAAACAUUUAAGAUUUGAUUAGUACUAAUUGAUGCCCACUUUUUGGAAUCAACUAUAGUUCAAUUGCCUAUAUAUUUUAAGUACAAUUUGGUUCAAAAUAACAAAUUGUUUAAACCUGGACAAAUUGUCGUAUUUUGUUUAUCCCAUAAUCAACCCAAGUAAGAUUGCAAGAAUGUGAAAAUGAGAAUGAAAGCCAUUCAUUGUUGGUAGUGUAUAAAUUGUUAUUUGUUGGAAAUAUCUAAUCAUAUGUAUGCCUAUGGCACAUAGUUGUUUUCAUUGUACUAGACUCUUAUAAAACAAUUUCAUUAAAACAUUGUGUCUUAAUUCCAAAACAAAAGCUUAUAAUUAUUGUGUUGACUCAUAACUGAUAAGUUAUUUAGCAGUGGUUAAAUGUUAUGUCUUUCAAUUUUUGUAAUAACAAUUGAUGUUACCACAAAUAAAAACAAGAUUCACCAUC